UCAGUCACAAAACGUUUGUCUCGGUGAUGGUUUUAUAGUUGAUAACGUUAUGAUUAAAGUUUGUUUCUAGACUUGAAGUGCAUUGUUGGUGUUAAAUAUACAUAUUAUCACAUGUAAGGAGAAACUGAUAGUUUGGGGUGAUACAUAUGAGUGUCAUUCAAAGUGCAUAGCUUUGCGACAUCGGUUUACGAAAAUCCACGCUGCUGCAAAUAUCGAGAUGGUAUCAAAGAAGGAUCCCACUGCAUGGCUGGACAAUGCCUUUUUUGAGAAAGUACUCCGCCAGGCUUUCAACGACAAAGCCAUUACCGUUGAAGAUUUCUUCAUUAGUCUCAAUACUGACUCCAGCACGCAGUACGCCAGCACAAUAUUCCGGACAACGGUCAGCUAUUGGAUCAAGGGGAAAGUCGAAUCGAUCCCUCUUAUUGUUAAACUAACUUCCUCGAAAGUGAAUCAACUGGCUGAUGCGAAUGUUUUCGAUAAUGAACUUAACUUAUACAAAUACUACAUCGGACCAAUGGAAGAUCUUCUUGCACAAGCUGGAUAUUCAAAUUCUUAUUUCGCUCCAAAGUUGUUGUACGCUUCAGCCGAGCCACAACCGGUUAUCAUUUUGGAGGAUGUUACUCACAAGCAUUUUGAGCUAUACAAGAGUUCUAUGAAUUUCGAAGAUACAAAAGUAAUCGCAGAGAAACUCGCCAGAUUUCAUGCGGCUUCUUUCUGCUUACUCAAGAAUGGUUUGAAGAAAACUUCGGACGAUCCAUUCAGUGGACUAUUCAAAGCAAAUCCCAGCCAGGGCGUAAAAUUUAUGGAAGAAAAUUUUAGCAUUUUUGCCGAAGAGAUUGCUAAAUGGGAAGGCUUUGAGAAGUAUGCUGAAAAACUGGAAAAACUAGCAUCGAAAUUUCUGCAACGUGGAAUUGAGAUCUACAAUCCUGAAGUUGACAGAUUUUCAGUCAAGGUGCUAAAUCAUGGAGAUUUUCACUACAACAAUAUGCUUCUUAAGUUUGACGGUGAACGAGCUUCCGUGUCAGAUGUGCUUUUUAUUGACUUCCAGUUAAGCUUCUGGGGUACACCGGCGGUUGAUCUUUUAUAUUUGCUAUAUCUGGUUAGCCAUAAGCAGGCACGUGAUGAACACCGGCAAGAGCUUAUUUACUAUUACCACCAAAAGUUUGUGGAUGCCCUCGAAAAAAUGGGAUACGUCGGAUCGGUACCCACAUUACUGGACCUCAACAAUGAUCUGCUUCGGGCGGGAUUCCUGGAGGUGGUGAUCGUUGUGUGUUUCAUUCCAUUCCUGUUUGCGGACUACAGCACAGCACUCAACGUCUAUGGUGAAACGAAUGAUACCAAAGCAUACCGAAGGCAGCUCUACAGCAAUCCUCAAUACCUGGAGAUCCUCGAACCAUUGCUGCCGUUCUUUUUACACAAGGGUUUUCUGGAUUGAGACUUAUAUUCAGAGGAGCUACGCAAAUGAUGCAAUGAAUUAAAAAAGUGAACACAAUCAAUUCAACGAAAUAUAACAAGCAUUUUCAGCAAAGACAUAAUAAUUAUGUCACAUCUUGAAA